AUUUCGUGCUUAAUGGUUUAAGUUCCAAUUAUUUAGACAGAAAAAGAAGAGAGAGCCGAAUACUUGGCAAGUAAGAGCCACCAGAAAAAAAGAAGAAGUUAAAAUAAGAGGAUGUUUAUAUUUCUAGUAUUACUCAAAAGUUUUUAUAAAGGGUUAAAUCAAUUUUUAAAAUAAAUAUAUACAAUGAAGAAAAAGGUGUUAUUAAUGGGUAAAAGUGGUUCUGGUAAAACCAGUAUGAGAUCCAUAAUUUUUGCAAAUUACAUUGCUAGAGAUACGAGGCGUUUAGGAGCUACCAUUGACGUGGAACAUUCACAUGUCCGUUUCCUAGGAAAUUUGGUAUUGAACCUUUGGGAUUGUGGUGGUCAAGAAGCAUUCAUGGAAAAUUAUUUUGCUUCGCAAAGAGAUAAUAUAUUUAAAAAUGUGGAAGUUUUAAUUUAUGUAUUUGAUGUAGAAAGUAGGGAACUAGAAAGAGAUAUGCAUUAUUAUCAAUCUUGUUUAGAAGCAAUUUUACAAAAUUCUCCUGAAGCCAAAGUAUUCUGUCUUAUACACAAAAUGGAUUUGGUAGCAGAAGAUCAACGAGAUAUUAUUUUUUUAGAAAGGGAAUCAGAUUUAAAGAGACUAUCAUUACCUUUAGAUUGCACAUGCUUCAGAACAUCUAUUUGGGACGAAACUUUAUACAGAGCUUGGUCUAAUAUAGUUUAUAUGUUAAUACCAAAUGUCAAAGAACUAGAAAACAGCUUACAUCUUUUUGCUAAUAUUGUUGAUGCCGAUGAAGUAUUACUAUUUGAAAAAGCUACAUUUUUAGUAAUAUCACAUUGCCAAAGGAAACAGCAUAGAGAUAUACACAGGUUCGAAAAAGUAUCAAAUAUUAUAAAACAGUUUAAACUUUCUUGUUCCAAAUUAGCUGCACAAUUUCAAAGCAUGGAGGUAAGGAAUACCGCAUUUGCGGCUUAUAUUGAUAUGUUUACAAGUAAUACUUACGUUAUGGUAUGUAUGUCUGAUCCACAAAUCCCUUCAGAAGUUACCUUGAUUAAUAUAAGGAACGCAAGAAAACAUUUUGAGAAGUUGGAAAAAGUGUCUAGUACUCCUCCUGGUAUAAAGUUAGGUAUCUAAUUUGUUUAAAUAUUUUUAUACACACAGGAUGUCCAGAAACUACAUAUAAUAAAUGUAGUUUAUGUUAAUGUAAUCUAAUAUACACCAAAAAAUAAGGACUUGUUUGAAUUUACGUACUUUUUUCAAAACAUAUCAAUCACUGUAGGCGAAUCCAAUGAAAAAGUUGGAGAAUAGAACUGACUUAAUAAUGUCAUCAUCAAAUUGGUCUAGCUCUCUUGAGAGUAACUUUUGAUUGAAGGUAAAUUAGGAAACAUUUAGUAUCUGUAGUUUGCGUUUCGAAGGAGAUUAUUUGGACAACCUGUAUAAAAUUUAUUGUUGGUAUACGUGAGUCUGGUCAAUUUAUUAUAAUCAAGCUAUAUUAUGACAAAGAUUGAUGCAGUUAUUUCAACAUAUAUGCUUAAAAAAAUAAUGCAGUUUUAAUGUUAAUUUUGUUAUUAUUUGUGUAUAAAAAUUUAAUUGAAAUAA